GCAACGAUCACGGUAGCAAUCACGCGACAACAAGAAUGGCUUAUGAAGAAAGGAUCAGAAGAAGAAAAGAAGGAAGCAAACAGAAUGUUUAAGCAAUUUAAGCUUUAUUGCGGUCCUGAAAAGAUAAUCGAUAUAUGCCAG